CCACCGCACGCCUGCCUUUUAAAGCAAGGAGGGGACGGCAUGAACGCUGUCAGUUAGAUGCUGGACGGGCCACAGCGAGGAGGAGCCGUUGUCUCUUUCGAUUUUUCUUUUCCCCAUAGUCCAUAUCGUUCCCCAUACUUAUUUUUUUUUUACAACCAUAACGCCAGUUCGCCCUUACCUUUGUCAAAAUGUACAGGUAUCUGGGGGAGUUGCUUACUCGCGGAGCAAGUAACGUUAGCGCUUUGGCCUCGGGAUGUGUCGACUCCGCUUUGCCUGCUUCCGCGUCCUUGAUGCGGGUUCGCCACUACAGCGAAGCCGUCGGAGAGAAGGAGGACGACCCCAACUUCUUCAAAAUGGUAGAAGGCUUCUUUGAUCGCGGUGCCAGCAUCGUGGAAGACAAACUGGUGGAAGACCUCAAGAACAGGGAAACGCCGGAGCAGAAGAGGCACCGAGUCCGAGGAAUUCUCAAGAUCAUCAAGCCAUGCAACCAUGUAUUGAGCGUAUCGUUUCCCAUCAAACGAGACAACGGCGAGUGGGAAGUUAUUGAAGGGUACCGUGCCCAACACAGCCAGCACCGGACCCCUUGUAAAGGAGGUAUCCGGUACAGCACAGAGGUGUCUGUGGACGAGGUGAAGGCCCUGGCCUCCUUGAUGACGUAUAAGUGUGCCGUUGUGGAUGUACCAUUUGGAGGAGCCAAAGCUGGAGUGAAAAUCAACCCAAAGCAUUACUCCGACAAUGAGUUGGAAAAAAUUACAAGGAGAUUCACCAUUGAGCUGGCAAAGAAGGGAUUUAUUGGACCUGGCAUCGAUGUCCCUGCCCCGGACAUGAGCACAGGAGAGAGGGAGAUGUCCUGGAUCGCUGAUACAUACGCCAACACCAUGGGCCACCAUGACAUCAACGCCCACGCCUGCGUCACCGGGAAACCCAUCAGCCAAGGGGGCAUCCACGGCAGGAUCUCGGCCACCGGCCGCGGGGUCUUCCACGGCAUCGAGAACUUCAUCAACGAGGCGGCCUACAUGAGCCAGCUGGGCCUGACCCCCGGCUUUGGGGACAAGACCUUCGUCAUUCAGGGUUUCGGUAACGUGGGCCUGCACUCCAUGCGCUACCUGCACCGCUUCGGGGCCAAGUGCGUGGGGGUCGGAGAGAUCGACGGCAGCAUCUGGAACCCCAACGGCAUCGACCCCAAGGAGCUGGAGGACUACAAGCUGCAACAUGGCACAAUCGUCGGCUUCCCCAACGCCCAGCCGUAUGAGGGCAGCAUCCUGGAGGCCGACUGCAAUAUCCUGAUCCCCGCAGCCGGGGAGAAGCAGCUGACCAGGAAGAACGCCCACAACAUCAAAGCCCAGAUCGUCGCAGAAGGCGCCAACGGCCCCACCACCCCUGCGGCUGACAAGAUCUUCCUGGAGAGGAACAUCAUGGUUAUCCCGGACAUGUACCUGAACGCUGGUGGUGUGACCGUCUCCUACUUCGAGUGGUUGAAGAACCUGAACCACGUCAGCUACGGUCGCCUGACCUUCAAGUACGAGAGGGACUCCAACUACCACCUGCUGAUGUCUGUCCAGGAGAGUUUGGAGAGGAAGUUUGGGAAGCAUGGCGGAGCCAUUCCUGUCGUCCCCACCGCUGAGUUCCAGGCCAGAGUUGCUGGCGCCUCCGAGAAGGACAUCGUCCACUCCGGUCUCGCCUACACCAUGGAGAGGUCGGCUAGGCAAAUCAUGCGCACCGCGAACAAGUACAACCUGGGCCUGGACCUGAGGACAGCAGCCUACGUCAACGCCAUCGAGAAAGUCUUCAAGGUGUACAACGAGGCCGGCCUGACCUUCACAUAAAGGGCCGCCGGUCCCGCCUGCACGUCUGUCUGUCCAGCCGUCUAAGGAAACCCCGGCCCGCCCCCCAACCCCAAGCACCCUCCCCCACUCUCCCUUCCUCCCUCCAGCCCAAUCUAGCCUUUAUAACAUAUCAAGCGUUUACAUCUUAUGUACCAUAUACUGUCUAUACAUAUAUAACCAUCAGACAAUUCCUCUGCGUCCACGUUCCAAGUUUAGAAAAGCUUUGUUCCCGGCUGGGCCUGAAGCUUGAUCUGGGCUGCAGCCUCACUACAAUUCUCCUCCGUCUCCAUCCCAAUUUAUCAGGCUGUAGUGUGUCUCCAUGCCAACAAACACCAAAAAGUCAUCCACAGUUAACAUGGCUUCUUCGGCUGCGGAUGUAGCCCCACCGGCACGGUUCGAGCCAGUUACGUUCCAUGGCAACUGUUUUUUUUUUUUUUUCUGUUCUGUUCCAUGUUUGUUCUGUUUGGUCUUUUUUGUUUUUUUUACACCUGCGGUGUAAGCCGAGGGUUGAUGCAGCAAGGCGAGGAUCAGGACAGUGAGGAGAAUGUCCCCAUGCAGUCCCACCUGAGUGAUUCAGAAGCAAGCCUCAAACACUGAUGCCACAGGGCUGUCCCCUGUGUUCAGCUGGGGAGCUUUCUCGGCCUUUGCUUCGUCCAUUGCAAUAGUUUUUUUAAAAAAAUUCAGUUUAGCCCUAUGGGAUUUCAGUUGGAAUUGCUAAGGUUUUAAUUGAUACAAAGCACUUACGGCUACAACCUCCUAAAGUUGGAGUUCCACCUUCCCUCUGAACGGAUCUGUUAGCGUUUUUUUUUUUUUUCGCUACUUUGUCACAGAGGCCUCUAAAUGUACUUUGUUUUGUACUCAGUGCGCACCCAUGGGCUCCUUUCUUCCAGCAGUGCGCAUAGCUUUAUUUCAGUGCUUUGAGGCCAAGUUGGCAACCCAUCCCCUUAGAACCACCUUUUUCUGAACCUAUACUUAGGUUGCUAGAUUCGAUCCAGAUGUUGAGUGUCUCAGCUGGAUCUGAAGGGCCCAUGGAAGCAUAGACCGAGAGGAGGGCGAGUUCACGCGGGAACAGAUAUUUUUAUUUUCUCUUUGUUUUUGCCAUGUAAGCCUUGAUUUGGAAACUGCUUUGGGAUUCUUGGUACAUUUAUAUUGCCUUUUUGUUGGAAACGAAUAAAAACGACAACAAAUGCUA